CCUGUGGUUCAGCCCGGUGAUAAGCAACCCAAACAAGAGAAGCCACUAACUGAAAGUCAGGACAUAACACCUGGUGAAGAGAAAAUGGAUGAAGGAGCAUAUUCAGUUAAAGGUCCUGCCGUGGAAGCUAAUCAACAGGAACUGGCUCAGCCAAAGACUGGGUGUGGGUGUGGAGAUGGUUCUGAUGUUAAGGGGAAGAGACUGCCAAAUCCAGAGCCCAUUAAAGAGCCAGAAGCAGGUGAAGGGCAACCACAGGUUUAAAUGAAGACAAACUGUAACCAUGCAGGCUGUUCUUGUGUUGCAAAUGUGACUGUUAA